CUGUGACGAAGACGACGUGAAAACAAACAUCUGCUUGGCGCUCAGCCGACUGCGGCUCCGCCUUGUGUACAAUGUGCGGUAAUUAUCGCCAUAACUGGCCCGACCUCCUAUAUUUAGCGGCCGCAGUUUUCUCUAGUGGCUCUCAGCGCGAAGGCUCUACCAAGUCCCUACCCAAACAGGGACACCGUCACUAUGUAGCGCCUACUCCUCCACACCCGGAUGUUUUAGCCUUAAGUUCCUCGGAGUCUGCCGUGCCAGGCCAGGGGAGUGCUUCAAGAAUUCCGCGCCGUCUUCAGAUUCUUAAGUCAGCGCCUUCUCCUUAUCCACCCAAAACAAGCAGCCGCGGAGCCCAGUCGAAGACAGAGCAGCCGGAAAGCUAAGACAUGGCGGACACGCUUUCUGAGGAGCAGAUCGCGGAGUUUAAGGAAGUGUUCGGUCUGUUUGACCAGGACAACAGCGGGUCCAUCACGACGAGCGAGCUGGGGGAAGUCAUGGAGUCCCUGGGACACAAACCCGAGCUGGCGGAGCUGCAGGACAUGAUAAACGAGAUGGACCACGACGGCAGCGGCACGAUAGACUUCCCAGAAUUCCUGCUGGUGAUGUCCAAGAAGCAGCAGGAGUCAGACAGUGAGAAGGAGAUCAGGGAGGCCUUCAGAGUCUUCGACAAGGACGGGAACGGGUUCAUCACGGCGUCCGAGCUGCGGGUAGUGAUGGCGAACCUGGGAGAGAAACUGACAGACGAGGAAGUGGAUGAGAUGAUAGACGAGGCAGACAGUGACGGGGACGGACACAUCAACUUCGAGGAGUUCUACACCACAAUGUACAAAAUCGGAUGAAACAUUGUAACUCUUUCCAUAUUAUAAACACUGCUUUUUGACACCUUAAACGCUCGUCUGAUGGCGGCUACAAUGUAUGGCCCUGGAUGAAGUUAGCUGAAACGUUACGCUAUAUUUUUGGAGGGACUCUUCAACAUGUUGGACGAUGCUUUGCAACGUGCAACAGGUAAAUGUAUAGUGCACUGCUAAUAGUAUCCCAGAGAUAUGUCCAGGAUUCCAACUCGGGUGACGCUACAGUAUAUCAAACGCUGACAGCGAUUUUCCACAACUCGCAAGCUGCUUUGCGACGCCCUUAGUUCUCCGUAAUGCGCCAUAGCCCCAUGAACAGCUUGUGUGGACGACGCCACAAUGGUAUUAAAUUGGAUGAAACGCUACGCCAAUCCGCAAUAAUCCUAUAGGAAUGGUUCUUUCACAACGUGAAUGUUGAAUCAACAGAUGGUCGUGCAUAACUUCACGUAUUUAGUAGCGUAUUCCCUUUAAGUACAUUUUAACUCAAUAAUAUUCAGCCUAAGGUUAUGGCUGCCCUUGUAAUGAUAUUGAAUCUAUUGUGAAAUACAUGUAAAUAAAAAGAUAAUAUAGAACUGUC